AUGUAUCGUCCGACAGGCCCCGCCAACCUCCCCCACGAUGUUUGGACCUUAAUUGCCGGGAGGACCGCAGCACAGUCCGUCAGGGACUUGUGCAGUCUCAGGAUGUCGUGCACCGCUGCACGCAACACAAGGGAGGAGGAUAUCGUUUACCGAUUCGCCUCGAUUCCAAUUUGGGACCAACGGUGGUGGAGUUUGAGUCCCAUGCACCAGGUGGGAAGAAACUUCUUAGCGCGAUGCAGGCAGAGCGGGAACCUGGAAGUUAUGUUUCGGUCUGCUGUGUCUGACCUUUUCCUCGGCGGGAGUCGUCUUGCGGGGAUGAAAACGAUGCACGUUGUCGCAGCCCAGGGCCAUUCGGUAGCACAGUACACGGUGUCGAUGAUACUGAUGCUACGCGAUGACUUCGAGUCAAAGAACAAGGGCUUACAAAUAUUUCGUGUGCUUGAGGCGGCUGGUGCCUUAACAAUCUGCAAAUUGGUGUUCCGCGGCGUUAUCCAGGGGACGUGGACACACCUGCGUCGCCUGCCAAUGCUAAACGCAGAGAAUUUAGUCUGUUCUUCGCAUGCAUGUCCAUGUCGUGGAAACAUGGGUGCUAUUUACCGCCAUCAACGCUAUGGUAGAGGGUGGGACGUAAACGACGGUAAUGGAGGUGCUGCUCAUAUUCCGUGCGUGCAUUGUCGGGCAGAUUAUGAGUUGAUCCUGUUUGUCCACCUCUUUGACUAA